AUGCAAGCACAUCAUCGUGUGGAGCAAUAUGAUGAGAAGCUGAAUCAAUUGAAGGAGCAGAUGGGAAAAUUUGAGGAAGAGAAAGGGGAAGCUUUCAAGGAGCUUAAAGAAAUGAAAAAGGUUGCUGUGGAGACUAAUGUCAUGGUUGAAGAAGUAUUAGCAACGAAGAGGAUUUCAGAACCAACAAGAGAACAACAAAUGGGUAUAAAAGCUAACAGCACGGAAUCAUUAAAACAUGAAAGCAAAAAAGGAUCAGAAUUCCAAUUGUCCGAGGCUAAUGCAGUUGCUUUAUUGUCUGAGUAUAAAAUGAAAGUUCAAGAAUUGGAGGCCGAAAUUGACAAGCGAAAAGAAUCAGAAGCGAAUUUGUUUGACACUUUGAAGAUGCAAACAAAAGAGCUAGAGCAUAAUAAGAUUUUGCUUGAGGAGUCAAAGCUUGAUAUUGCUUCUCUUCAAGAAAAAAUAAAAGCAAUUCAAGGAGGUGCCACCCAAAACAUUAUCAUAGAGGGUAUGAAAAGUGAAGCAAAAAAAGAAGAGAGUGAUGGGUUAUCUACGAAGGCCAAAACUUUGCUUGAAGAAUUGAACUUGCUUAAAAAUGAAUUGAAGGCAGCAACAGAAGCAGAAGAGAAUAGCAAGAAGGCUAUGGAUGAUUUGGCAUUUGCACUCAAAGAGGUAGCAACUGAAGCUAACCAGGUAAAGGCAAAACUAACCUUAAGCGAAGUGGAACUAGAACACACCAAAGGGGAUGCAGAGCGUUGGAGAGCUAUGCUAGAAAGCACAGAAGAGAAGUACAAAGAGCUUCUAGAUGUUACAAGGAAAGAAGCUGAAAGAUUCAAAAACACAGCUGAGAGACUUAGAUUGGAAGCUGAAGAAUCGCUUUUGGCAUGGAAUGGUAAGGAAAUGGAGUUUGUGAAUUGUAUUAAAAGAGCUGAAGAUGAAAGAUUGGCAGCACAAAAUGAAAACACUAGAGUACUUGAGUUGUUCAAAGAAGCAGAGGAUAAAACCAAGGUUUCAAAGGAUGAAAAUCAAAAGUUACGUGAUAUACUUAAACAGGCCUUGAAUGAAUCCAAUGUAGCAAAAGAAGCUGCAGAGAUUGCUAAGGCUGAAAAUGCUCGACUUCAAGAUAGCCUUAGCUUGCUUGUGCACGAGAAUGAGAUGCUUAAGAUUCAUGAAGCUUCAUCAUUUGAGAACAUCAAAGAGUUGAAGAGGUUGCUGUCGGAAUCAUUAUCAUCAAAAAAGGAGUUCAAAAAUGAAGAUAUGGAGAAAUUAUCAAUAAAGGAAGGUAAUAAUAAGGAGGAUAAGGAAUCAGGGAAGAAAGCAAAGGCACAUAGCUCAGCAGAUAAGGAACAUAAAGAAUCUAAGAAUCUGAGCAAAACUUUCAGUCUUAAUCUAAAAGACAUGAUAACUCCUUAUAAGCAACAACACAAAGUUGGGAAUGAAGAGGCCAACAAAGAAACCGGUGAUGAUACAUUAAGGGGUUCAAUAUUUGAUGAAGUGGAUUCAUCAGACUCAGAAUCACGUCAUGAUGCAGAAAUAGGAACUCCAGAAGAUUUUGAUCAUCUAGAUGAAUCGCAGUCUGAUGAUCCUGAGAGUGAAAGAAACUCAAGAAAAAGAAGAGCUUUGUUGAGAAGAUUUGGAGAUCUUAUACGUAGAAGAGGUUAUCAUUCUCCCCGAAAGGAACCAUCCAAUGAGGAACACUUACAAACGUAA